GAUCCAAGUUGGCGACGCCGAUGUUUGUAUCUUUACCUUUCCUCUUUGAUCGGAUUUGCGCCAUCUGAUCGUUUUCAGCAUGGAAAAUGUGGGAGAGAACCGCAAGCGCAAAAUGAAGUUUGAAGUGAUGGAGUUGGCAGUGUUAGUGGAAGAAGCAAACAAGCACAUUGGUGAGUUGCAGGAAAGAAAUCUAAAUAUAAACAGAAGAAACGCAAUAUGGGAGACAAUCUGUAAGAAAGUCAAUGCUGUGGGUAAAACAAGUAGAACCCCAGAUGAGGUUAAGAAAAGAUGGCAAGAUAUCCGAAGAAGAACAAAAGAAAAAAUGGCUAAUAAUAAAUCGGCUGCUAAUAAAACAGUCGGGGGAUCGGCAGCGCAAGACAUACCUCUCUCUGCGAUUUUGGAACAGUUGCAGAUGACCUUCUGCGAUGAGAACAUUGAAAUUGAAGAAUUUGACAUCCUUGAACCAAAAACUGAACCCAAAGUGACUCCAUUAGAAGCUCCAGAAUCAGCGCCGCAAUCAAGUCAACCAAAAUCACCAACAGACGUCUCUGCAGAGCCUCAGAAGAAUUCAUCUUAUGAGGACAUUGACAAGGAGAUGCUCCAGCUGCAGAAAAAUCAGUCUGCAGCCCUUCAACAUGGCUUACAAUCCAUUGUAAAAGAGGUCCGAGUCGUGUCAUCUGUUAUGCGUGCUUCCCGACGGGACACGCAGGCCAUCGUUGGACAUACCAGGCAACUGGUCAGCGCCGUAUCCGACCUCACGACUGCCAUCAGUGUCCUGACAAGAGUGAUAGAAGAAGGCGUACGGGCAGUAGGAACUCAGAGGGCAUUUUGUUCGAGUGGCCCCUCGACUGAACUAUCGGGAAAUGAAAAGGGACGGGGUGGCGAAGAAGGAGGUGAAAGCGAAAUACUCCCGUGUGAACCUCAGCGUAAUCUGCGUAAACGGAAAACUUUGAUGGAUGAAACAGUUUCGACGAAAAGGACAUAAAUGCAUCGCAAUUAUCCAUAUUGUGUCCGGAUAAAUUUAGUGCUGAAGAAUAUUUCCAGAUUGUUUCAUGGAAAAGUGAUAAAAUCAUAGAUUUAUUUGUAUUAUUGUUGUAAUCUAUUAUUGUUUUACUGAUUUAUGUUAUGUCACACUUGUACUUUUGAAUUUUGUGUACAUUGACAUUGUGAAUUUUUUAAAAAUUGCAAGUCGCAGUGUUUGGUUAGUUACUGUAGUAACUCAUAUUAAUUCAUGAGUUAUU